AUGAAGAAGGUUACCUGUACUUUGAGCAUCACUGACGAGCCUGCAGGUGUCAACUACACGCACUACUGGUUGAAUUUCACCUGGUCUGAUGAAGAUGGGUGAUGAUGAUGCAUUCUUAUGUUAUGAAUCUCCUGGUUCUAUCCAUUGCAUGGAGUGGAGAGAUGAACACGCAACAUUAAAUUAAAAAAUAAAUAAUGUGCACAUGCUGAGGAUAAAUAAUUUCCCAUAUAAUUUGAAUCACAAAAAUCAUAUUAUUUUCCCCCACAGGAUUACAUUCAAAUGUCCACUGGUGGAGAUGGUGGACAGUUAUGGUUGCACAUUUGUGGCACAUUUUGAUAAAAAUUUAACGUAUCACGGCUCUUCAUUUAAUAACAUGGACUGUUUCCAUGUACAUCUUUGUUAUAACAUUGACUGCCAAUCAAACUAUGACAACUUGACAGACUUUGAACCAUCCAAAAAUAGUAAGUUCCCUUUGAAGACUAUAUUGAUUUGCAAUGCAUGGAAAAUUGCAUGAAAUAAAUAUGAUUGUGCAAAAUAUGUUUUUCUAUAGCUGACAAAUAUGUGCAAUGACUAACUCUAUGUCAUCAGUUCAACCAACAGCUCCAAGUCAUCUCGCUGUCCAGUGGACUCCAGAGGGCUACAGUUACACUUGGCAGAGUGGAUAUGAACACCAUGCAUACAUGACAGAUUUCCAUUACCAACGCUCCUUCUACAAAUACCAUGGUGAUAAGGAUGAGGUAAAGUGCAUUGUAAUAAAAGUCAUGCUUCAAUGUCUUAUUAAAGUCAAUGGUUGUUAGCUAAAUUGUUUUCUGGAUUUCUUUCUCAGGUUUUCCAUGUGUCCUCUCGAAACAACUCUCUUUUAAUUGAUGGAUCUGGACAUGAGCCAGAUACCACAUAUGUUCUGAAAGUGAGAUCCGAUCCAAACUCCUCUGAAUAUAAAGGAAAGUGGAGUCCGUGGAGUGCAUUAGUGCAAUUGAGGACUGAUGCAAAGGAAGGGGAGAGAGAUCUGCUUUGGAGACAGACUAGUUAAAUCAUAUACCACUCUUACCUAUCUCCUUUUUGUUAUUGUUCCAAAAUAUGCUAUAGAGAAACCAUUUAGGCUGCGUUUAGACAGGCAGCCCAGUUCUGAUAUUUUUUCCACUAAUUGGUCUGUUGACCAAUCACAUCAGUUCUUUUCACAUCAGAUAUUUUUCAGAGUUUAUCUGAUUGGUCAAAGAACAAUUAGUGAAAAAAAUAUCAGAAUUGGGUUGCCUGUCUAAACACAGCCAUUGAUGCAUAUACUAUUUCUCUCCUUCAGCAGAACCAACUAUAGUCCUUGUCCUCAGCCAGUUUGUAUUUCCAGUUUGUGUGAUUGCUGGAGUUCUGUUGUUUGUAUUUUACAACCCCACCACAAGGUAACUGGUCUUCUUCAGAAACCCAUAAAAAUACUUUAAAUUGUGUCAUGAGAGAGCAAGUCUGAUUUGGAAGCACACAAACACAAAUCAUUUAUAAUCAUUUGUGCCAUAGAAUGAAGAUAAAAGCUUUCUAUGAUGUGCCAAGCCCAGCCCCCUUUUUCCAGCCUAUGUACAAAGAUUGAUUAAAAAAAAUACAAAUAUUUUACCUUUAUUUAACUAGGCAAGUCAGUUAAGAACAAAUUCUUAUUUACAAUGACGGCCUACACCGGCCAAACCCGGACGACGCUGGGCCAAUUGUGUGCCGCCCUAUGGUCCUCAUAACAUCUUCAAAAUGGUCCCUGGGUUACAGUUCAUAUCUGAAUCAUUUUUUCUCUAUAGGACUGGCUUGCGUCAGAGUGCAAUCUGAUACAAACGUACAAGACACAAGAGUUCCUGACCAUCGAUACUUUGAUUAUUGAUGCCAAACCUAUAGCAGAGGACCAGGACUGUUCAACUACAACACCAUAUCCUCUUUCACAAGGUCAAACUCCCUAUGUUGGUCCCUCAGUGAUGGACUGGGUCUGCAGUCACAGUCCAAAUGGAAAUGGUCCAGGGGACAUCCCUUACACCCAGCUUCCCUGCUCUCCCCUAGAGCUCCAGUUUGGAGAUAUAGUCACCUCUCUCUCUCGGGACCCUUCGGUCGCCUGCGAGGGUGACUCUGGAUGUGAGGACUUAACACUCAGCCGUGAUAGCAGCUUGCCUAAUAGUCCUGUAUCUAGUGAGCCAGAAUGCAUCUGUACUGAUUACUGUAUCCUAAAGGUUUUAUCCCCACCGUUGUGCCCAAAGAGGUCUUUACUCAUCCCUUGA